AUGUUGAAUGCGGACUUCAAAAAACUGGAGGAGUUCUUCGGCAAAGACAAACCACAAGCCACUGUACCACAGAAGAAACAGGCAACACCUACGAAACCUGCAGCUGAUGCACAACCUGCACAUUCAACUCCAGUUGCAAAAAGCGUAAAUCUGAAGAAAAAAAGCCAGAAAGAAUCCAUUAAUGAUGCAAGAAGGAAAAGAACAGCUGCGUCUUUGAUCUCCAAGCCGCUUGCUUCCAUUCUCAAAGGUGAGGACUCUGAUUGA